AUUGACGGUCGGCAACGAAGAAAUAGUUGCAAAAGAAUCACAUUUUCCAAGGCAAACCUGUUUUUGAAGAGAGAAGAAAAUGGAAGAAGAGAAGCCUCAAAUCCAGAUUGCAAGAGUGAAACUGGGAACUCAAGGCUUGGAGGUUUCCAGAUUGGGUUUUGGUUUGAUUAAUGGGAUCAAUAGCAAUACUCAAUCUGAUGAAGCCGGUUGUUCAUUAGUUAAGUAUGCUUUUGAUAAAGGAAUUACUCUGUUUGAUACGUCAGAUCUCCAUGGAGCCAAUGAGAUCAUGCUUGGGAAGGCCCUAAAGCAAGUUCCAAGGGAAAAAGUUCAGUUGGCAACAAAGGGUGGCAUAACUGUGUUAGGAAAAAAUGGAUAUGGGGUAAACGGGAAACCGGAGUAUGUGCGUCAGUGCUGUGAAGCUAGUUUGAAUCGCCUAAAUGUGGAUUACAUUGAUUUGUACUAUCUACACAGAGUUGACGUAUCAGUGCCUAUAGAGGACACUAUAGGGGAAAUGAAAAAGUUAGUGGAAGAAAGGAAGAUAAAAUAUGUGGGGUUAUCUGAAGCUAGUCCAGACUCGAUUAGAAGAGCUCAUGCAGUUCAUCCUAUUACUGCUGUGCAGAUGGAAUAUUCCUUAUGGAGUCGUGACAUUGAAGAACAAAUUAUCCCACUUUGCAGAGAACUCGGCAUUGGGAUAGUAGCGUAUAGUCCUCUUGCUCGUGGAUUCUUCUGUGGUAAAGGAGUUACAGAUGACUUGCCUAAAGAUAGUCCUCUGAUUGGGCAUCCAAGAUUUGCCGAAGAGAAUUUGGACAAAAACAGAAUCUUUUAUGCUCGUGUUGCCAACUUAGCUGCGAAACAUGGAUGUACCCCUCCUCAACUAGCCCUAGCAUGGGUUCUCCAACAACAGGAUCACGAUAUUAUCCCGAUCCCAGGGACAACAAAGAUUAAAAACCUAGAUGAUAACAUCGGUUCGUUGGAAGUUAAGCUCACAGUCGAAGAUCUAAACGAGAUUUCUGCUGCAGUUCCGACUGAUGAGGUGAGUGGGCACAGAAGUUAUAGCUCUUUUAGUGCUUACAAUUGGCAGUCUGUAUCCUAUCCAACAACAUGAGCUAUCUUCUUUUAGUUUGAGCUAUCUUCAAUAAUUCCACUGCCAGUUCGAAUUUAAAUAAUCAAAUUAGCUACAAAACGUUCAUUUCCAAGUACAUUAAAUAUUUUGUGGGAUGUAAGUUUACCACUAUAAGGCAUUUGUACUUGAAUUUUACGAACAACACCAUGGUGUCCGGGCAACGGUAUUUUUACAGACUGCAAAUGUUUUUCUGUUGUACAUAUUAUCAUGGGCAGUAUGCUUCAAAAAA